AUGUUGACCAGAAACGCGCUCCUGCUGCCGCUGCUGCAAUUCGUAGCCACGGUGCUUGCCUGGGACACUUUUGUCGUUCCCCACACGCCAGACGCAGAUGACACCCCAGGGUUACUUUCGUUGGUGACCAGCCACCCGGCCAACGCGACCAUUUUAUUCAGCAAAGGGACGACCUAUAACGCUUGGAGUGCAAUCAAGUUCCCCGUGCUAAACAACGUGGAGAUUCGCAUCGAGGGCAACUUGACAUACCCCAACGAUAUCGCAACCAUUCAAGCCAUCGUUGGCGCCUCGGGCUUCCCCGGCUCGUGGUUCACCUUCUCUGGUGGAAACAACGUCACACUUCGUGGCUCAACGGACCCGAAAUGGGGCUGGGUCGAUGGCCAUGGACAACAAUGGUGGGAUGCAAAUCAGCAGGUCAACCGCCCACACGGUUGGGCCUUCAGUAAGAUCAACAAUGGUGUCAUCCGCGACAUGAAGCUGUGGAAGCCAAUCGCUUGGAACUUCGCGACUAGCGGUGCAGUCAACGUUCACGCAUUUGACAAUCUCAUUCUCGCGUCCUCCGACACCAAUGUAAUGCUCCUCUCUCUCCUCCCGACUGUGGCUAACAAGCUGUACACAGUCUUUCCCUUUCAACACGUCGGUUACUCCUACUUAUCCGCACCCACGCUCAAUCUCCACAGUGACGGUUUCUCUGCUGGAGGCACCAACCUUGUCUUCGAGAACAACUACAUCGUCAACGGCGAUGACUGCCUUACGGUUGGGAAUGGUGCCCGCAACAUCACCUGGAGGAAUUCUUACUGCGAAGGCGGGCAUGGUCUUUCGAUUGGCUCGCUGGGCAAAGGCGGCUCCGUUGCGGAUGUUCAGAAUGUCCAUAUUGAAAAUACUGUUAUGAAAGACUCGCUUUACGGCGCUCGCUUCAAGAGCUGGACAGGCGGGAACGGGCUGGCUCGAAAUAUCACUUGGAAAAACAUCGCCUUCGACAAUGUGAUGUUCCCCAUAUAUGUCACCCAAAACUACUGGGACCAAGGCAUUGGCCCCAAGCCGAACACAACGACAACCAACAACACGCAUAUCCAAGACUUCACGUUUGUGAACUUUGCUGGGACAAUCCGAGACACGGGCUUCGUGGAAGGCUCCUGUGUCUCUGACCCCUGCUGGUAUGCAGUCCCCAACGCAACCGGCCGCGAAGUCGUCAUCCUCGAUCUGUACCCCGGCACCGCGAGCAACAUUCUCGCCAAAGACAUCUUCGCCGUCACCGAAACCGGCCGCCCAGUUGCGGCCAUGUGCAACUCCACGACGGUCACAAACGACGUCGGAUUCAAGUGUUGGAAUGGCGCGUUCAUUAGGACAAAAGCAGGGUUAUAG